AUGAAGAGGAUGCGAGAGCCUUCUGAAAAGUCAAAGAAGGCCAAAAAGGCUAAAUUGGGAGAAACUUAUGGGUCAAGACCUCUAGUCCCUCUGGCUGAUUCUCCAAGUCAGUCUCUGCCUCCCUCUCGCUCUGUUAAAUUAAAGCCCAUUGCUUCUUCUCUUCGCCAAACCACUCCCGUCUACACCCAAUCAGAAAUACCUCCCUCCACCACCAAAACUUCUAAACCACCAUCUCUCAAAUUUAAUCUCGCAACCACUAUCUUACCCGCACGUGCUCUGGCCUCACAGCAGCCACAACAACCUAAACCUGAACCUGAAGUCACCUCUCCACCCUCUGAGAAACAAAAUCCAUCUCCAUUUGAACAACCACAAACACCACCUCCUGAACAACCAACACCAUCACCCUCUGAACAUCAACCUAGCCCAUCACCUGCACAAACAACACCACCUCCCUCUGAUAUUCCCCCACUACCAACCUCUGAAGACAUCAUCACUCCUUCAAAUCCCAUUGAUACCUACCCAACUCCACCAUCCUCCCCAUCCUUUAACCCUGAACCAGAAACUGCCUUCCCCACAUUAGAAGAAGCAAUAACUUUAUUUGUAGAGUCUUCAGUGGAGAAGAUCAAGUCUCUAUCUAUCAACUCUGGCAUCAGUGAUGAUCCAUCUACAAUGAGGAUCCACUAG